AUGUCUGGUUUCCCAGCCCAAGUCUCUAGUGCCACUGUCUCUAGUGCCACAGUCUCUAGUUUCCCAGCCCCAGUCUCUAUUGCCCCAUCUCUAGUGCGCCAGUCUCUAGUUUCCCAGCCCCAGUCUCUAGUGCCACAGUCUCUAGUUCCCCAGCCCCAGUCUCUAGUGCCCCAGUCUCUAGUGCCCCAGUCUCUAGUUCCCCAGCCCCAGUCUCUAGUUUCCCAGCCCCAGUCUCUAGUGCCCCAGUCUCUAGUUUCCCAGCCCCUGUCUCUAGUGCCCCAUUCUCUAGUUUCCCAGCCCCCCUCUCUAGUUCCCCAGCCCCAGUCUCUAGUUCCCCAGCACCAGUCUCUAGUGCCCCAGACCCAGUCUCUUGUUCCCCAGUCUCUAGUUCCCCAGUCUCUAGUUCCCCAGUCUCUAGUUCCCCAGCCCCCGUCUCUAGUGCCCCAGUCUCUAGUGCCCCAGUCUCUAGUGCCCCAGUCUCUAGUUUCCCAGCCCCCCUCUCUAGUUCCCCAGCCCCAGUCUCUAGUUUCCCAGCCCCAGUCUCUAGUUUCCCAGGCCCAGUCUCUAGUUUCCCAGGCCCAGUCUCUAGUUUCCCAGCCCCAGUCUCUAGUUCCUCAGCCCCAGUCUCUAGUUCCUCAGCCCCAGUCUCUAGUUCCUCAGCCCCAGUCUCUACCCCAGUCUCUAGUUUCCCAGGCCCAGACUCUAGUUUCCCAGCCCCAGUCUCUAGUUCCUCAGCCCCAGUCUCUAGUUCCCCAGCCCCCGUCUCUAGUUCCCCAGCCCCCGUCUCUAGUUCCCCAGCCCCCCUCUCUAGUUCCCCAGCCCCCGUCUCCAAGGCCCCAGCCCCCGUCUCUAGUUCCCCAGCCCCCGUCUUUCCCCAGCCCCGUCUCUAGUUUCCCAGCUCCAGUCUCUAUUGCCCCAGUCUCUCGUGCCCCAGUCUCUAGUGCGCCAGUCUCUAGUUCCCCAGCCCCAGUCUCUAGUGCCACAGUCUCUAGUUCCCCAGCCCCAGUCUCUAGUACCACAGUCUCUAGUUCCCCAGCCCCGUCUCUAGUUCCCCAGCCCCAGUCCCUCGUUCCCCAGUCACUAGUUCCCCAGCACCAGUCUCUAGUUUCCCAGCCCCAGUCUCUAGUUCCCCAGCCCCGUCUCUAUUCCCCAGCCCCCGUCUCUAGUUACCCAGCCCCCGUCUCUAGUUCCCCAGUCUCUAGUUCACCAGCCCCCGUCUCUAGUUCCCCAGCCCCGUCUCUAGUUCCCCAGCCCCAGUCUCUAGUUCCCCAGCCCCAGUCUCUAGUUCCCCAGCCCCAGUCUCUUGUUCCCCAGCCCCAGUCUCUAGUUCCCCAGCACCAGUCUCUAGUUCCCCAGCCCCAGUCUCUAGUUCCCCAGCCCCAGUCUCUAGUUCCCCAGCCCCAGUAUCUAGUUCCCCAGCCCCCGUCUCUCGUUCCUCAGCCCCAGUCUCUAGUUUCCCAGCCCCAGUAUCUAGUUCCCCAGCCCUCGUCUCUCGUUCCCCAGCCCCCGUCUCUUGUUCCCCAGCCCCCGUCUCUCGUUCCCCAGCCCCCGUCUCUUGUUCCCCAGCCCCCUUCUCUCGUUCCCCAGCCCCCGUCUCUCGUUCCCCAGCCCCCGUCUCUCGUUCCCCAGCCCCCGUCUCUCGCUCCCCAGCCCCCGUCUCUCAUUCCCCAGCCCCCGUCUCUAGUUCCCCAGCCCCCGUCUCUCGUUCUCCAGCCCCCGUCUCUCAUUCCCCAGCCCCCGUCUCUAGUUCCCCAGCCCCCGUCUCUCGUUCCCCAGCCCACGUCUCUCGUUCCCCAGCCCCCGUCUCUAGUUCCCCAGCCCCCGUCUCUAGUUUCCCAGCCCCAGUCUCUAGUUCCCCAGCCCCCGUCUCUAGUUCCCCAGCCCCCGUCUCUAGUUCCCCAGCCCACGUCUCUCGUUCCCCAGCCCCCGUCUCUAGUUUCCCAGCCCCAGUCUCUAGUUUCCCAGCCCCAGUCUCUCGUUCCCCAGCCCCCGUCUCUCGUUCCCCAGCCCACGUCUCUCGUUCCCCAGCCCCCGUUUCUAGUUCCCCAGCCCCCGUCUCUAGUUCCCCAGCCCCCGUCUUUCGUUCCCCAGCCCCCGUCUCUCGUUCCCCAGCCCCCGUCUCUAGUUCCCCAGCCCCCGUCUCUAGUUCCCCAGCCCCCGUCUCUCGUUCCCCAGCCCCCGUCUCUAGUUCCCCAGCCCCCGUCUCUAGUUCCCCAGCCCCCGUCUCUCGUUCCCCAGCCCACAUCUCUCGUUCCCCAGCCCCCGUCUCUAGUUCCCCAGCCCCAGUCUCUAGUUCCCCAGCCCCCGUCUCUAGUUCCCCAGCCCCCGUCUCUCAUUCCCCAGCCCCCGUCUCUAGUUCCCCAGCCCCCUCUCUAG